UCCAGCAUCGUGUCAGCAGCUACCUUUCUCCGAUCCAUCCCAUCCUCAACUAUUCUCCCUUCGCUCUCGUAUCGUACAGUCGUCGUCGGAGGCGAUGAAGUUCCUUGUGGAGUCGGGCGGCGCCGAGGGGAAUGCCGGGCCGUCGUACCGGAACGUGCUGGCCAAGGACACCGGCCUGCUGCAGUCGCCGCCCGGCGUCGACUGCCUCUGGGACCUCUUCCGCGCUUCCGUGGAGAAGUACCCCAGCAACCCGAUGCUCGGUCACCGGCCAGUUGUCGACGGCAAGGCCGGCGACUACGCCUGGAUGACUUACAGGGAGGUCUGCGACGUCGUGAUCAAGCUCGCCGCCGCCAUGAGCAAUUCCGGAGUCAAACAGGGUGAACGCGCUGGCAUCUACGGUGCAAAUUGUCCGGAAUGGAUUAUCAGCAUGGAGGCUUGCAAUGCCCUUGGAGUUUGCUGCGUGCCGCUCUACGACACUCUUGGUGCUAAUGCAGUGGAAUUCAUCACCUGCCAUGCCGAACUCUUGAUUGCUUUUGUGGAAGAGAAGAAGAUUGGCGAGCUCUUGAAAACCUGUCAUGCCACUUCAAAGUAUUUGAAAACAAUCGUCAGCUUAGGAGGAGUCACAAACGAUCAGAAAGAGGAAGCUAAGAACCAUGGGCUGUCCAUUUUCUCAUGGGAGGAAUUCCUGAUCACGGGUGGAGGUGAACCUGUUGAUCUUCCUGAAAAGAAGAAAUCCGACAUCUGCACGAUCAUGUACACAAGUGGAACAACAGGAGACCCUAAAGGUGUUAUGAUAUCAAAUGAAAGCCUUCUUAUUAACCUGGCAGGUGCUGAUUCUGUAGUGCAAUCUAUUGGUGAACCUUUUGAUCAAGACGAUGUUUAUUUGUCAUAUCUUCCACUAGCUCAUGUCUUCGAUAGGAUGUUUGAGGAAGUGUUUAUAUCUCAUGGAUCGAGAAUCGGAUUCUGGCGUGGGGAUGUCAAGUUGUUGGUUGAUGAUAUUGCAGCACUAAGACCAACAGUAUUUUGUGCUGUUCCACGUGUACUCGACAGAAUAUAUUCAGGUCUUACAACCAAGAUUUCUGCUGGUGGUAUAUUAAAGAAAACCUUAUUCAAUCUUGGUUACAAGAUGAAACUAGACAGCAUGAAGAAAGGAAUUAAACAUGAGAAGGCAUCUCCAUUCUUUGACAAGUUAGUUUUCAGCAAGGUGAAAGAAAGGCUGGGUGGAAAAAUCCGUAUUAUCGUCUCUGGUGGCGCUCCUCUUGCUGUGGCGGUUGAAGAAUUUUUGAGGGUUGUGACAUGUGCACAUGUUGUUCAAGGCUAUGGACUCACCGAAACCUGUGCGGGAUCUUUUGCUGCCAUACCAAAUGAAUUCUCCAUGGCUGGGACUGUUGGCCCACCAGUUCCACAUAUAGACGUUCGCCUUGAGUCAGUUUCAGAGAUGGGUUAUGAUGCUCUGGCUAGCAUUCCUCGUGGCGAGGUAUGCGUAAAGGGAAGUGUUCUGUUCUCUGGAUACUACAAAAGAGAGGACCUAACACAGGAAGUCCUGACUGAUGGAUGGUUUCACACAGGGGAUGUUGGUGAGUGGCAACCAAACGGAGCCUUGAAAAUCAUUGACAGAAAGAAAAAUAUAUUCAAGCUUUCACAGGGAGAAUAUGUUGCAGUGGAAAAUCUAGAGAAUAUCUACGGUGUUCUUCCAGAGAUUGAUUCGAUAUGGGUGUACGGGAACAGCUUUGAAUCUUUCCUUAUUGCUGUGAUAAACCCCAACCAACAAGCGCUCGAGAACUGGGCUGGACAGAAUGGAAUCACUGGAAAUCUGGAAGAACUAUGCGAGAACGCGAAGACUAAAGAGCAUUUUAUAGCAGAACUCGCAAAGGCUGCAAAGGAGAAGAAGCUGAAAGGGUUCGAGUUCGUAAGGGCGGUCCAUCUUGACGCGGUGCCGUUCGACAUGGAGCGCGACCUCAUCACCCCGACGUACAAGAAGAAACGGCCUCAGAUGCUCAAGUACUACCAGGGAGCCAUCGACGCGCUCUACAAGAGCUCAAAGUAGGAGAGCGGGCACUCUGAACAGCAGCGAAACGGUUUCUCGAUCCUCGGCGCUUCCAUCGAAUCCUCGUGUGCGCGCGUGUGUAUGUAAAUUAAUUAAUUAAUGUACAAGACUUUGUUGUCAAUGGUUGCUUACGUUUUUCACACAAUGAUGAUAUUCCCUCCGGGUUAAUUAAUACGACAAGGCUUGUUGCUGAA